UGCUCCUGUUGUAAGUAGUGAUGAUAACGGUGCUGUAAAAAGCUACAAAAACCAUGAUAAUGAUAAAUGCUGGAAACGGUGGCCCCGAUAGUAAUCGUAUUAGACGAGAACACGGGCUACAAUUACCACUUCACCCUUUGCAAGUAACAGGGUGGCUGGGCGUAAUUGGUCUUUCAGCGGGAUCAUUCCUAAUUUUAAUUCCCGCAUUGCCGGAAGCAUUCCAGUUAGCAGCUUUAGCACCGCUGUCUGUAGUACUCUUGUUUCAUCUGGCAGCCCAUUUAGGGACUACGCUUGUAGAUCCUGCAGAGCCCGCUUUACGUUGUGUCAGACCGAGACCUCUUCCUGAACUAGACCGAACGAAGUAUCUCCACGUUAUCGAAAACGGAAAGUGUCAUCUUUGUUGCAUAUCCAUAUCCGGACCACGGACCAAACACUGUAGCUCAUGCAAUAAGUGCGUCACAAAUUUCGAUCAUCACUGCAAGUGGCUCAAUCACUGCGUUGGCGGACGGAAUUACGUUUCGUUCUUGAUGUGCGUCUCCACUGCACUUAUAGCAGCAAUUAUUGUGGCAAUAUUAGCGAUUGCUGAGCUGUUUAUACACCAAACGAAUCCAAAUUUUCUAACUCGUUCCCAGACAAAUGUCACCGAAACCAAACCGGACCAAUUCAUCUCAAUCAUUUCUAACGACUUCGUAUUCCUAGCGAUAGUAGCGGUACUUGGACUUUUAGCCGUCGUUUCAGCUGGACUGUUACUUCAUUUGUGCUUUUUUCAUAUCUACAUCUCCUUUCUCGGUCUUACUACUUACGAGUACAUUCGGGAUCAACGCCAACAGCAAUCCAAUUCUGCUCCUGUUCAAAUUCAGUCUUCUCCCGUCAAGGAUGUUAAACGUUUGUGUUCAACGCUGACGCAUCACCGUCCGUCGGAAUUAAAUUGCGUCGAUACAAGUCAGCUACCUUCGUAUUAUGAGAAAAAGUCACAUGUGGCUGCCUUCUUUUCCUGUGCUCUCCUGGAAGAAUCCUGCGUUAGUCGUACUAAUGCCACAUCAACAUCACCCGUUAACGUCAGCGAGGACUGCCACACUUGCGUUACAACUACAAAUGUUGUGACACCUGCACCUGUUACAGAACAUUGCGGCAAAAAAAGAUUAAGACAGCGAUGGAACUGUUGCGCUUCAGUACCUGAUAGUCCAGAAGACCCUCACAGUCCCAACGAACCGCGUUGUUUAAUUAACUUGUGUAGAUAUAAAGUUAAGCGGAAAAGAAACGUUUCGACCACAUAUGAGGGACGUAGAGCCUCUCAUCAUGGACCAUGGACUAGUGCUAAAAUUAGAGUGUUGUUUAGGGUAAUAAAUAAUUUACGACAGAAUAGAAGAAGGAAUCAAAUUCAGAUUUCACCGAAGAAGAAACAGAGUGUUGGUUCAGCUAAAGAUGGAUGUGCACAACCUCAUAUUCAAACGGUUAGCAAUCUUAUUCCGAUACCGUCCUAUCCAGGGUCUGAAAAUACUAAAAAAACACAGCCGUCAUCAGCGUUGCCACCUCUACCUCGAAGGCGCAUUAUUAGUGAAACGGAAUUAGCUGAUGCUCUUGGGGUUCUUCAGCAGCAACAGCAGCAGUUACAAAGAACGAGUAUACGACGUCAUCUUCCGCAAUAUCGACGACGUAGAAGAAGUUUUACUCUGAGGCCCAAGAGUCCGGCUUUAUCACCAAUACGAGAAAGCGGUUUGUCCAAUCCCGCUUCUCCUUCCCAUCAGCAGUAUUCCGUUCCAGCACAAAAUAUUAUGUAAAACUAUUUACCGUUUUAAUCCCAUGCUCUUCAUUUAAUUAAACGAAAAGAGACUAGUGAAUUGGAAAAAUUUACAUGAAGAAAGAUUUCCGCGAGACCUGCACUAUCAUCAGAUUCAUUUCUUGAAAAUUUAUUAAUAUCCAACACGAUCAUUUUUCAAAAACAAAGUUUCGGAAAAAUGUGUUUUACGUAAAAACAUAUGAGCAGAAAAAAGAACUACUAAAAAUAAAUUAAUAAGAAGUAUCAAUCAUAUAUUAUUAAUUUUACAGUAUUUGAUAUUGUUAUGGGUAGUUUAGGAUGACAUGAAUCUUCAGAUGCUGACCUUCUGGAUGUACCUUUCGAAAACAUUGACUCGUCUGUUAUUUCACUGAGUCAAAUCAUGUGCUUCGCUAUGCAACCAGGGACACAGCAUAAAGAUUCUGUACAGUAGCUUCACUUUCCACCCAUACAUCCCUCUCAUGCCGAUGCUCCACCAUUUCAUCUACGAGCUCCCCGUUAAACAGGGACUGGCUUGUAUGCAGUGUUAUUAUGAAAACAAAGUACAAAUACAUUUUGUAUCUAAAGACUUUGGACUUUGAACCGUCCUCGUAUAAGGCAGUUUAGUGGACAUAAGUUAAUUUAUGAUGAGCAUCAAAAAAUAUCGGUAAUUUAGGCAGAUAAAAGGAGUGAAUCUACUGUAUAGAAUCUUUAUAUUGUGCCAGGGAUACAGAAGGAUCUUUAGAUGUUUUUAACAGGUAGAAACAUGGAAAUUAAUGAACGAGCAAAGUUUCGUCACUGCGCAACUCAACGGGAAGGAUCAUGUCAUCCUAAAUUACCUCUAACUAUUAGUUAUUAUAAUUCUGUUUGGAUUUUACCUUUACCCAAAUGCAACCCAAAUGAGACCUGACUGAUAACUAAAAUUAUGUUAAGCUGAGGGAAAUUUGAGGGAAAUUCUAAGUAGAAAUUAUUUUAAAUGCAAACAUAUACCCACAAGCGG